CACCAAGUCCCGUAUUUGCCAAUCAUGUCGCGUACGAAGAAUCGACAUAGAAAGCGCUCCCGCGGCGAAUUUGAACGCGAUGACCGUAUGGGAGUCGGGCAGACACUCGCGCUUCUCAAGAACGAUGAAGCUGCGCUUAACGGACCGGACUCGAGAUCCCUCUCUGAGGAUGUCUUUGAUGCGACAGAUACUCGUUCCAAUGAAGAGGACGAGGAGCACCAGAACAAGAGACGCAAAAAGGCGCCCAAAAAGGAAAAGGAUAAGUAUCCUGCUUUCGCGCACUCAUCGAACAUGCGUCUGAACACUUCUGUGAAGCUCAGUGACAUUCAGAACCUUGUCUUAUAUCUACUUGCGGACGGCAUGGCGCCGCAGUGGCUCGCGAUUAAGCAUCACAGCGCAGUCAAGAAAGUGGUCGCUCUCAUGGUCCCAGGUCUCGAGACAGGCAUGUUCGAUGGCAGGAUUUCCCUGGAGCCGCAGCAGGAUGCGCCAGAGGAGAUAGCCAAGGACGAGCCCGAAACCCGCCGGGAAGGCGAUGAAAAAGGCGACGAUGAUGGCUGGACUGAGGUGCGGUAUGGCAAAGGCAGGAGCACGCCAGAUGACUAUUACCCUGUGAAGCUACAGGGACCUCGACUACCGGAUUCUCUAAAGCCUCUCGAGGAUAUGUUCGAGCAUGUAUGGCCCGUCACAACGCCCGGCGAUGAUAGAUAUGCGAAGAUGCAUUCGCCUUUGGCAGCGAUGCUGACCACGCCACUCGUCAAGACGAAAGAAGACAAGAAAGCAAAAGGCCCACAACCGCCAGCGGCGAGCAAGAACUGGCAGAAUCAGCGCAUUCCCAUUACCGAGCUUCUAGCUUCCACAAGCGAGCUUGCAGAAGAAGGUUACGCUAUGCAUCCAGCUCACUUUGCCGGAAGCUCAGAGGCUGCUGGAGAAGCCGCGAAACGUGUGACUGCCAAGACUGGCCUGGACGAUGGCUGGGUCGACACCUUGAACAUACCAGAUCUCGUUGCUGGGAAGGCGAGCGAAGAUUCCAUUCAACAAGGCUCGGUGACCGCAGGCAGGAAGGUACUCGCCAUGGACUGCGAAAUGUGCAUCACCUCGCCGAAAGGUGUGACUCCGCAAGUCUUUAGUUUGACGCGGGUGUCACUGCUCGAUUGGGAUGGGCAAGUGGUUCUUGACGAGCUUGUCAAGCCAGCACAGCUCAUAACCGAUUAUUUGACGGCCUAUUCCGGUAUCACACCAGCCAUGAUGGAAAAUGUGACUACCACAUUGAGCGAAGUUCAACAAAGGUUGCUGUCCAUUUUGACACCCCAGACGAUCCUCAUCGGCCACUCGCUGAACAGCGACCUGAAUGCUCUGCAGAUCACACACCCCUACAUCAUCGACACGACCCUCAUCUUCCCACACCCACGUGGGCCACCCCUGAAAUCAUCACUGAAGUGGUUGGCACAGAAAUACCUUUCCCGCGAGAUCCAAAAAGGGCACGGUUCAACCGGGCACAGCAGUAUAGAGGAUGCACGUGCCUGUCUGGACCUUGUCAAGCAGAAGUGUGAGCGCGGCAAGGCCUGGGGCACAUCUGAAGCAAGCUCUGAGAGCCUCUUCAAGCGCCUUGGCCGUUCUUCACGCCCUGGCAAGCACAAGGCAAACCCUGCUGGGCCUGAAGAGCCUAGACGCUCUGCCGUGGUUGACUGGGGCGAUCCGAGUCGCGGGUACGGUGGACAAGCUGAUGUCAGCAUUGGCUGUUCGAGUGACUCCGAGGUUGUCGCUGGCAUCACGCGGGCUGUCAACGGUGAUCCAGAAGAUAACACACAGCCAGCCGGAGGCUGCGAUUUCGUAUGGGGCAGAUUGCGCGAACUCGAAGCCGCUCGUGGCUGGUGGGAUAAGUCGAAGUUGAUCGACGCCGAUGCUCUGCGUGCUUCUACCGUGGCCAAUGGCGAAGGCUCGUUGGCUGCUACCGUCCAACAGUCGGUCCAGAACAUUCGCCAAGUAUGGGACAACCUACCCCCAUGUACCGCCCUGAUCGUGUACAGCGGAUCCGCGGAUCCCCGGGAGAUGCGGGAAAUGCAAGCUCUGCAGCAGAAAUUCAAAGAAGAAUACAAAGUCAAAAAGUGGGAUGAGCUGAGCGUGAAAUGGACAGAUGUGGAAGAACAACGUCUCCGAAAAGCCAGCAAGGAUGCGCGCAAGGGUCUCGCUUUGCUCGCAGUCAAGUAA